AUGAUUCAGCAAGGCGACGUGAUGGAGCCCAGCCCAUGCUCAUCAUCGUUUACCGAGGCAAGGGCACGUAAUUUGACAGGAGCGGAGCCCAGGAACGCCUUUCAGCGCUGCCGAAUCGAUGAACUAGCAACCCAAAUAUGUAAGCAGAAUCGUGUCAAAACAUUAAGACGGCUACAUGAACCUCUCAGCGGGAUGACCCCUUUUGAAGCUCUUCAGUUCAUCAAAGCACGCGGUCUCACCACCAUCGACCCACUACCUGCUCAUAAUUUCAAUUUCGCUCCUUCAAGGCCAACGUAUGACGUCUCUUUUGCUAUAAAGCGACGCCAGCCCGUUUCGCGGCUACCGCGGUACGUAGUACGUUCCAGAGGAGAUCCACUGAUAAAGAGCUUCUCUUCUACCUAUACACCACUCUCAUCCAAUUGUCCACCCGUAACUCUGCAGGAAGCAGUCACUAAUGCUGUUCCAGUCAAGUGUUAUUCUGACACCCUCCAGAUUGGAGCCAACCAAUGGAAUGAAGGUUAUAAAGGUGGGGAAGGAAGUGAAGCGUCGGCAGUCCAUCCUUGCAAGCCCACUUAUCGAAUUAUCCGACGAGGAAAAUGCAUUCAUGGAAUAACUAUCUACCCCUCUUUGGCCAUGGUGAUUCACCCGCCACAGUACAUCGCUCCAUUCGAAUCAGGAGACGAACACUGCGAUCUCUGUGAAACUGUGUCAAAAAUAGCCGAAAUGACGCAGACAAGCUCAUCCGAUUUAACCUCUCCACCAUUGAGGUCUAUCUCUCGCCUCACUCCUAUCUUAGAGACAAAACCAUGUUACAAAAUCUCGAAUUCAACGUGUCCACAGUCCCAACAGCAGCAAGGUCAACAGAACGUCUUCAAUUUUGAAAAGGGUAAGGACGCUGAUAAUGAGGCUACAUGUACUCCAAUCGUCGAUGCUUCGAACUCCACAUGCGAUAGAAACUUUGCUGAUGCGACCCGACCACAUAUUGGAAGCGAUGAAGCAGCUCCUGUCUCUUCAGUCGUCGCUGCAGGGGCCACAGAGACCCUUCAGGUGACGGUUCCCAGUUGUAAAACCACCUCUGAAGUUACGCUCAGACAGAGCGCCUACAAGGAACCCAACGAACAUCAGGUGCACAAAAAGGUUCGCCUCGCCAUUCUGAUCCAUCCUGCAGCAACUCCUACUACAUGUGUUGGUACGAAACGCGAAAUAGUAACGCCUUAUCACAGCUCUACAACCAACUCCUUUAGCGAAUCUCUAACUAACUGCAGUCGAAGUGUGACAACAUUCUCCACUGGCAGUGACAAUCUAAUGCCCAAUUUAGAUUCCUGUAUCCUCGACGAUCAGCUCACUGACGUCUCAGAGAUCUAUGAUGCUGCUGCGAAUGAAGGAGGUGAAUUCAAGAAGGGUUUUAUUAGCUAUCGGGAAAGAGAAGGGAAGGAGAAGCAGGAAAUGGAAUUUGAUGAAAAGAAAAUCCAAAAUACCCUGACUCACAUUACUCCACCACCAUGUCUCUCACCAAUCUCUGAAUGUAGUCUUUCGACAACUUCACCAGGUUUGUUGGGUCAAAAGAAGGGACAAAAUGGUAGGAACUUAUUAUUCAAGGGGAACGAUUCACCUGAGGUGAAUGCAAUUGCUAAUUCUGCCCUUCAUCCCAAUACGACAACGAUUGAGAGGCUAUUAGGCGAUGGAAAUGCAUUUACAGGACCUCAAGGAGUGUCCAAAAAUGUGCUUAUGCCAAAGCUUUUAGAACCACCAAAGCCCGAGACCAAAGUAACAUCUUCCUAUGCUCGCACAUCUUGCCUCAACCCGAUCAAUCCAUAUUCGGGGGACGUGAGCAACAUAAAGUUAGGUAAGAUUGAGAAGAAAGGCCUGAAUGAAAAAAUAGAGCCUUUACAGACCAUAUUCGCCGUUGGAGUCGAAGGUGCUGCGUCAUUAGAACCCAUCAUCCACACACUGCAGGAGAGUGAUGAGGUUCUGGUAGAAGUCGCAAAUAUUUCGUCAUCGGUCCACCGGACACCCCGUUCACUCUCUCCAGCUCACCACUUGCAUAACAGCCAAAAAAGUGUGCCACUGGGAGAGUUGAAGUCGCUGAAAUGGGUCCUAAAGCGUGCAAAUGUCACUACGACGGAAAUGAACGCCGUGGUCAUGCACGCUGCACCGAGCAUUCUUCAAUGCACAAAGCAUCGCCUUCCGAAGAUGGAGGAAGUUGAUGAUACGGCGGUGCACUGUGUUGACAGAAUUCCUUCGGAAUCACUGAACUCAUACAAUAUUGGGACAUCAAGAACACCCACACCACGAUGGUAG